GCAUUACGUUCACCGGAAGUGACUACGUGCCUUGGUAUCCCACGUGCGUUUACGGUUUGUUGUCAUUUAUAGCAGACCACAACAGGUACUGCUGUUUUUGUUUACCUGAGGGUUAUUUACCAGAGAGAACAUUUUUACCUGAGACUUAAAAUGAACACGAGAACAAACGGAGAAGAAGACGAAGAUUCUGCGUUUCUUGAAGACGUUUUGGACAAGCUGUAUGACUUUGGUAAUGGUCCAGCAUCCAAAAAGAAGAACAAGUCUCAGAAGAAGAAACGAAAAAGAUGCGAGGAAGAGAAGGAGCGGGAGGAGGAAGAUUUCCCUGUAGUUGGGGCUUGGGGUUGCUGUGACAUUGACAACAAACGAACAGAUCAUGUCAUUCCUGUAAACCAGCAGGGACGAUCAAAUACUGAGCAAAGAGGUCAAACCACGCCGCAGGUAGAGGUGGUGACAUUUCAGGAUCCCAGGAAGAAACAGAAAACAAAGCAGACGCCAGCCCCGGAGAAGAAACCUGCCCUUCAGACGACGGAGAAGACCGAGAGCAGCGAGCCGGAAGAACUCAAUUUAGAAAAGGCUCGUUUUGAGGUCCAUCGGUUUGGAAUCACCGGCUACAAAAAAGAGCAGCAGCGUGUUUUCGAACAGGACAGGGCCGUAAUGCUGGGAGCCAGACCUCCGAAGAAGGACUAUGUGAACUACAAGGUGCUGCAGCAGCAGAUCAAAGACAGGAAGCAGAAAGCAAAGGAGGAGGUUAAUCCGGAACUGAAGAAGAAGAAGAGAAAGAACAAUCACGGGGACAAGACCAAGAAGGUGUCCUCUGGUUCUGGGGGGGCCCCCACGGGUCAGGUGGGCCGCUUCAAGAACGGCAUGCUGAUCCUCAGCACCAAGGAGAUUCAGAAAAUCAAAGGCAACAAGAGGCGCAAAUAGGUGUGAGAGUGAGUGUGUGUGUACCUCAGGGGAAGUCGAAGAGGAGUGCCCCAAAAAGCCAGGAAACAUGUUGGGACUUCUGUUGGGACUUGACAUAAAAACUGGAGUCAUGAGAGGUCGUCGGUGACUCAGCUUUCUGCAGGACUGCCUGCAGAGUUCUCAGGAGGCGGACAAAAUUAUUCAGAGGAAAUCACUGAUCUGCAGUGACAGAGUGCUGAGUCAUGAAUCCAAUGUAUUGAUCUGUGAGAUGGACCCUGAAUGCACCAAACAGGAGACCAGUCAUCAUCCCAUCACAGUUAAUUUAUUUUGUUUUAUAAAUGACAGAAAAAGACAUUUGCGUUUGUUGUGUUUACACUGUAAAGGUUUGAAAAUUAUGCAGUUACAAUGCAUUUCUCAUAUACAAACCAUGUAGUCGUACAAAACAGUUACAUUUACAUUGGCAAGAAGGGAGGGGAAGGGGGGGUCAUAACAGGACAGAUGUGGAGGGGGGGGGGCAAUCAUUAAAAAAAUGGACACACAAGUCUUGGCAGAAGUUUCCAUGAAGAAACGCACAAACACACACACUCUGAAUGAGCCAUGAGAAAAGCUUUCUCCCUUUAUAAACCUUUAUGUACACGACUUCCUGACAGCCUGACGAAGCUGCCAACGCUCCAGAUGUCGACGUGAUAGAUUAUAGAAUCCCCAGAUUUUGUUUUUGUUAAAGGGAAAAACACGAGCGAUGAGGAUGGCGGCGAAACAAGAGGUGAUCUGGCAGUGUGCGGCUGGGUGAGGUCACAAUUCUCACACCGGUUUCUCUUUCGAAGCAGCUUUUUGUGUUAUUUAUAGAUUCCAACAGCGAAUAUGAAGCUUAUAUCUGCACCACGUCGCACGAGUUUGAAGCGAGAAGCGAAUCCGUUUUAUGUUGAGGAGAUUGUGUUGGAAAAAAAACCUGCAAAUUGUCCAUAUAUAUAUAUUUAUAUAAUCAUCAGCCAUCAACUUUAAGAACGAUAAAUCCAUGAGGGCAAAAUAUACAUAGAAAAUAAAUAUGAAAUAAAUAUAUUUACACACUUUGUAGAGUAAAUAAACCAGCCAUUAGUUUCAUUUAUAUAGCAAACAGCAGUGACAUGCUUAUUUCCCAGCACCAUAUCCUGAAGUUAGUCAAAUAUGUCACAUUCAUGGGUGGGUGAAGUGUUGGGUAAAGGGACAUGCCAACAAGCACUCGUACAAUACCAUAUUUAGAAAGGACAGUGUGACUCAGAUGUGUUUUCUUGUCCAUGUCUGUCACAAAGAAUUGUUUUAGAAAAGAACAGUGCAUCGGAAAGUAAAAGGCGUGACCUAUUUUCACCAGUGAAUAUUCACACCUUUCUAUUAGCUUUCAUUCCCUCUGGUGCUCAUCCUCUUUGAUACCAACAAACCCUGCAAACCCCAAAUCAUCCAGAGUUUUUAAUAUCCCCUCCCUCCCUCCCUCCCUGCGGCCACACGAUAGAUGUCUCACUUUGGCUCCCAGCUCUAGACAUCUAUUCCCGGGUCAGGGUUAAAGGUGACCACAGGGCAGGUUUCUCCUCUGUGGUGUGUGAUAAAGGUGGCAGCGCUGUCAGAAGUGAAGGCUGAGCAGCCAGAAAGCCUCGCAUGAUGCAAAUGUAGCCCUUAGGUGGUAGUCUGGCAGUCUGCGGCACAUCAGGAUAAGAUUUCCCUUUUGUCGGGUAUUCAGGUGUUUGCUUUGCGGGGGUCGGUGGAAACCGGUUCAGAUGCUGGCUUUUACUUUGAUGCUGCUUUCAUGUUAUGUGGGAAAUUUGAGGCGCUAGAAGAAAGAAAUGCGGCUUUAAGACUUGACAGUUUCAGUUGCACCAUAUCCAGAUAAAUGCACGUUGAAAUUCAAGCACAAUGAUGAAGUGUUUGGGAAUCAUAUUGUCUCAGUUAAUUGUCAGUACUGCAAUAAAUGUCUACAGAAACCUGAA